AUGUCACUGAACUACAAUCUCCAUCCAGUGACUUAUUUGAACGCUACAGCUGAAAAGGUGAUGGACUCUGAAGUCGACUUCGACCUCGACGCUGUUUCUGACGCUGUUUCCACAAAUUCCCCAACUACUCAGUCUUCUAACGGCUCCCCACAAACUUCCUUCACAUCCCAGUCUUCCGCCAACUCCCCUGUGCUGCAGACCUCGUCUUUUGGAAAGGAAUUCACCAACGCUCACUUCGGCGCCCGUGCUACCGGCUUUGCCGGUACCGCUUUCGAACCGGCAAUGAAGCAAAAUGCUCAUCAACUGAACCACACCCAUCAACACAACCAUGCCCACGCCCACCACCACGAUGCCACCGGCGCAGCUGCUCCAGCUGAAAAGAAGAAGCCAAAGAAGACCUACAGAAAGGUAAGAGACGCUGACAUGAAGGGCCCCUUCAACUGUCAGUGGAAGCAAUUGUACGACCACUUGUGCAAUGAGCACGUUGGUCGUAAAUCCUCCAACAACUUGUCAUUGACUUGUGACUGGGACAAUUGUGGUGUCACCACUGUGAAGAGAGACCACAUCACCUCACAUUUGCGUGUGCACGUUCCUUUGAAGCCAUACAGAUGUGACUUGUGCACAAAGUCUUUCAAGAGACCUCAGGACUUGAAGAAACACUCUAGAACUCAUGAAGACGAACACCAAAGAAAGUUGAAGAAGUCUCAAAAGAUGAACGAAAAAGAGGGCGACAAGCACUACCCAGUCCCAGUCUUGCCUCCUCACCACGGACCCUUCGAUGUCGGAACCGCCUACUACCCUACCUUGGGUAAUGAGAUGACUCAGCGCCAGGAAGUUUUCGACCUCAGCACCAGCCUUCACCCACAGCAUCAGCAGCCUGCUGCUGACACCAAGAAGAGAGGCUUGGACCACAACAUGCACAUGAUGAACGGUAUCCUUAGUGAUUUCAACUUCUACGGUAACCAGGACUCCAACAAGAGAGCAAAAGUUGAGCCUCAGUACAACAUGGAGGUUUACAACCGUUUGAACCACUUGGAUGGUUUCUUGAACAACCAGCAGGGCUCCAACCACUCCUCCACCAGCAGCCAAGGCUCUGUCCUCCACAACCACAACAUGAUUCCAAACCCUAACUCGCACUACUCCUACGGCGCCAACCCACAGGCCAACUUCUACGAGGCCGAAAAGUUCUUCAACAACUUGUCGUCUUCCAUCGAAAUGCAAUACCAGAGCAUGAUGGGUCCAGGUGCUUCGCAGCAGGGUGCCGCUCCAAACCAGCAAUUCCAGCCACAGCAAGGCCCACAGUCCCUGUUGUACCCAAUGUUGCCUCAAUACCAAAACAAGUCUUACGACAACAACAGCCACUUUGUCAACAACCACAGCUCAGGCUACACUCCAAAAUUCCCACAGGUCAACAGACAGCUCAAUGGCGGUCAGUACGGCGCCAACCCUUACGGCUCUGUGGAAUACGAGUCUGUUAGCAACACUCAGAAGUCGGCUAAGAAGCUCAAUGAAGAGUCCUCCAAGGACACUACUGAGGAUGACCACGCCGAUGUUUUGGAGAACUUCAACAAGUUGUCGAUCAAGGAUGGUAACAACUUUGACAUUGAAACUGUCAAGAAGCACCGUGAAAUGAUCAACUUCGUGUGCCAGCAGUUGGCUGUCAUGAGCCGCAACAUGAAGGAGCAGAAGCAAGAACGCAAGGACAAUGAUGCCAAGGUUGAUAAGAGCAAGCAAAACUUGUACCCAACGAUCACUGCAUUUUAA